AUGUUGUCAAAAGCCAGAUUUACAGUGAACACAACAAAACUGAAACAAAAUUCUAAAACUGAAAAAUCUACAGCUACAACAACAACAGAUUUAAGUUUAUCGACAACAGCAGUUACAACAGCAACAACUACAAAUAGAACAACCACAGCAGCAACAGCAAAUGCAGUAACAACUGCAGCAAAUAGUCGUGUUAUAAAUUAUCAACGUUGUUGUUGGCAUUUUUUACUUUAUUGCUAUUGUUGCCUUUUCAUUUGUAUCGUGCAACAACAUGGCAUUCAAGCGGAAAUCUCUUCGGUUGCUGAUAUUUCCGGUGUUCUGGGUGGCAUUGGAGGUGCUGGCAAUUUAGGUUCUGGCAUUAAUGGUGGCGGCAGCAGUGCUUUGUCGAAUAAUUUCGAUACAGCAGCAGCAGCACAUUGUUCGUCGCAUAAAUUCAAUAACAUGGCAAAAACAAUCGAUGACGUUGAAGAUUUAGAAUUGGACGUGCCAGUGAAUAUUGCAUUCGAUAAUCGUCAAAGGAAAAGAUUUGUAUUAUAUUUGAAUUCAUCGUCGCCCUUAAAUAUAAAUUUCUCACAAAUUGUGGCACGUAAAAUUUACUUUAAUCAAACGGCCAAUUUAUUGCGAGCUGUUAAAAACGACCAACGUUCUGUGGUCUUGACUUGUGCUCUACGGGGCCAAUACGAUAUUUUUGUACAGGCACGCCAUCGAGGUUCAGUGAAAAUUGAGGCAACUGCUUUACAUCCUCAGGCCAAUUGGCCGCUACUGAAUCGUACACAUCGCAUUAGCAUACGCAGUCAAAAUCGUGUACGCAAACGACAAAUGAUUGUUAAAUGGGAUAAAAGCAAAUUUGAUUUUCAUGCUGUCAAUUAUUGUUUAGUUGUCAGUACGAAACAGUCUCAUUUGGAUUUUUGUCAAUCGGUUGAGGAGUAUUUAACUUCCAUGUCAUCUCCGCUUGCGAAUCGACGAAGUUUGACUACAAACUGCCAGCCAGCUGCUACUAUAGAGACAAUAUUUUCCCGACCACCGGAAAGGGCUAAAAAGAUUGCACCCCACAUAACAAAUGUAAUUUGCACUGGCAGUCGUACUCAGCAAUUAAUACGAGGCUUGGCUCCCAACUACAUUUACUAUUUGGAUGUCUUUGGUGUCCAUACGAAACGACAGAAUCUCACAUUUCACAUUGCAUCCUCGACCAUGCACUUUAAUCGCACCCACCCAGCCGUUUUGAGGGCAAACAAUUUGAAUAUGGUGAAAAUUGCUGGAAUGCAUGGUGUUCAGGUAUUUAGUUUUAAGAUUCCCUCCUAUGAGUCCAGUCAGAGUUUGCGUUAUUUAGUUUUACCCUGCGGUGGCAGUGAAGUGGAUGCGAAAAUUUUAAAACAACGAAAAUUAGUCGGUAGCUUUAAUAAUAUCUAUAGACCGACUUAUAUAGCCAUGACACCGGUGAAUGAAGGCGAACGUUUCAUGAUUCGCUUUAAGCCAAGUAAUGAUGAUGAAGUGUUACGAGCAAAUAAAGUUGCGCUUGCCGUUACAACAAAUAGAGUCUUUAGUCAAUUACCAGAGUUACCUGAAAAUAUUACAGUGUUUGAGGUACGAACGAGAUGUCGAUCAACAAAAAUCGCCUGGUACAGUUCUCCGGAAAUAAGAACAAUGAGUUACUGCAUAAUUGUGCUAAAUUUACCGCAUCGUAAUCGCAGUUCCAUCGAUUAUACAAAUUAUUGUAUGGAUUUUGGCAAACGUAUAACGCAACAUCCGCAAUUUCAUUCGAUAAAAUGUCCUAAAAAGGCUAAAAAUCCCCCUCCGUUGGAAACUGACACUGUGUUUAAUUUAAUGCCCGGCGAAUCGUACUUAAUUUAUGUAACUGCCAAUUUAAGCGAAGGUAAACCACUGCCCUAUCAGUCAUUAAAAGUGAAAAUGUUUCAAAAUUGUCCCGAUGAAAAUUUGGGCAUCGAUUUACCCACAUACUACUGA